AUGGAAGUUCCACCCGAUGGAGGUUAUGGGUGGGUGGUUGUUGGUGCGAUCUUCUGGAACAAUGCACACCAUUGGGGUCUUGUCUCGAGCUAUGGUGUUUUCCUAGCAUAUUUCCUCUCAAACUCAGAUUUCACUGAAGGUACUAGUCUUGACUAUGCAUUCAUCGGUGGACUUUCCGCCUCACAGGCCCUUCUUAUGGCGCCGCUUGCUUCUAUUAUAAAUCGGCAAUACGGCUUGAAAGUCGCAAUGAGUCUGGGUGUCAUUCUUGAGACGGCGGCGCUUCUGGGAGCAUCGUGGAGCACAAAGGUUUGGCAACUAUAUUUGAGCCAAGGAGCCUGCUUUGGCUGGGGACUGGGUCUUCAAUAUGUCUCGACCAUUCCGCUCAUCCCGCAAUGGUUUGCGAAACGCAGAAGUCUUGCGGCGGGUUUGGCUGCUGCUGGCAGUGGCACUGGAGGCUUGGUAUAUUCCUUAGGGUCGAAUGCCAUGCUUGAGCGAUUUGGCUAUGGUUGGACAUAUCGUGUCCUAGCUAUUGUGCAAUUCGUUGUGAACUGUGGCUGUUUGCUGCUCAUUCGAGACCGCAACAAGCUGACCGGAACUAAGACCUCAAAUCUCAAGAUCUCUGAUAUUUUCAAGCGAUAUGAGCUUUGGCUAUUUUGGGGUUGGAGCUUCUUGAGCGUCAUGGGGUUCAUGAUCAUCUGGUAUUCGCUGGAUGAUUUCGCUCGCAGUCUGGGACUCAGUUCACACCAGGGAUCUGUCGUCACAGCAAUCAUGAAUUUGGGAACAAUCAUCGGGAGGUCGGGUACAGGAUACGUCAGUGAUCAUCUCGGAAGAAUGAAUACGGCAUCCUUCGCUACGUUUGUUACCGGUGUGCUGUGCCUUGUGCUUUGGACCUUGGCCCGCUCCUAUGCUGCGACCUUGUGUUUUGGCUUUUUUGGCGGGCUGGUCUUUGGAACCUUUUGGAUGGCCGUGGCUCCACUCGCAACCGAGGUGGUUGGGUUGAGAUACUUGCCUUCAUGCUUGACACUGACAUGGGUUGUUUGCGUGAUUCCUGCAACUUUCGGAGAAGCUAUUGGUCUCGAGCUCAGAACCAGCGGAGAUCGCGAAUAUCUUCAUGUCCAGCUAUUUGCUGGCUUCAUGUAUAUUGGAGCCUCAAUAUUCGUGUCCAUGCUUCGUAUUUGGAAGAUGUCGACUCUUCCCGAGGUAUCUAGCGUGCUGCAUACAUCGGAAGACUCCAAGGAAACCGCAGUAGUCUCCGUGGAAGCGAAUGGUCCCCGAAGCACACUGAAGCAGUGGUUGAAGGCAAACAAAGUGUGA